AUGGGAAACAGUGACUCCACUAUUGAAGAUCUGAAAACUUGUGAGAGUCAUCAGUGGUAUAGAAAAUUCAUGACUGAGUGCCCAUCUGGACUUCUUUCAUUCUACGAGUUCAAGAAGUUUUUUGGCUUGAAGAACCUGUCGGAGACUUCGGAUGCCUACGUGAAGGCUAUGUUUACAACCUUUGAUCUGAAUGACGACGGGUUCAUUGAUUUCAUGGAGUAUGUAGCUGCUCUCAGCCUGGUUCUUCAGGGAGCAGUGCAUCAAAAACUUCGUUGGUAUUUCAAACUCUAUGAUAUAGAUGGGAGUGGCUGCAUUGACCGCGAUGAGCUGCUUUUGAUCUUCAAGUCUAUUGACGCAAUCAACGGAGUUCAUGAUGACAUAAAAACACAGGAGUUUACCAACAUGGUAUUUGACAAGAUUGACAUUAAUGGAGAUGGUGAACUGUCCUAUGAAGAGUUCAUAGAUGGGGUUCAAGAUGACGAGAUGCUGCUGAAGAUGCUUACCCAAAGCUUGGACAUCUCACACAUUGUUGAGAAAAUACAAGGAGAGAUCAUGGCUAACACCUAG